UCUUUUCCGUCUUUGUUGUUUUUGACGUCAGGAAGUGAAGCCGGGAUGGUCCUGGAGGAGCUGCAGGUCCGUCUGAACGACAGGGGAUAUACAAACUGGCUGAAGGCAGGACGAUGUCUGAUCAUCCUGAGGGACUUCCUGCUUCCCUUCACUGAUGAACACAUGAGAUCUUUCCAUAGAGAUUUGCUCAACAGGAAAUCUCUGCUGCGGAUGUCCUGCAACUCAAACUGUAGACCCAGAGGCAACAAGCUUCUCUCUCCAUGCAGAGUGUGUUCAGAGUGGCAGAAAGAGAUCAUUGCCCACCACAGACAGCCUGAAUCCACCAUCAACUGGGACAACUGCUCCCCUCCUCACUGGAGGACACAUUACUGGGAGCUGGCCAAGGCCUACAUGCCACGAGGUCAGGCUAAAACGAAGGAUGGAGGGCAGUGCGAUGCGUCGGCUCUGCUCAACCUGAUCAACCACUGCACACGGUUCUCAACUGUGGAUCCAAAACUGGUCAGAGAGGUGAUCCGAAUGAGGAACGAGCUGAUGCAUUCCUGUGAUUUUCGUGUGGAGGACGAAUGGAUGGGACAGUACUACUUUGUUCUGAAACACUUCAUGCAGCAGUUCAGUCGUGGGCCACAGAUUGCAUCAGUCAAAGAACAGAUUGAGGAGAUGCUGACCGUUGAUUUGUCAAUAUACGUCUCUGGUGCGGACCGAAUGGAUUCUGCUGACUUGGUGAAUGAAUUACAGUCCGAUUCUGACAAUCAACGGCCCAAACCAGAGAUCUGCGCCGACCUAGUCAGCCGAUGGGAAUCUGAGUUGCUCCAAGAGAUGUUGCAGGAGAUUCUGCAGGUUGCUGCUGAGGACGGUGACACAAUGACACAGGACACUCGGCAGCUGAAGAGCCUGAGUGGCUUCCUGCAGGCCAACCAAGAUCUCAGUGAGAGGUUUUCUGAGGAGCUUCAAGCCAUCGACUCUCUGCAGGCCAGACAGUAAUGAGAAGGUGGAGGUGAAAUGGAGGAUCAGGGAGUUUUGUACCAAGUCUUUAGAGUCAUUUUUUGAUUUAGGUAAAGUCAGAAUAUAAGUUGAAGAACAACAGAUUUCUAUGAGCAUGCACACAGGGAUUUAUUAAAAUAUGAAUAAAAGAUUUUACACAAAAUCUGUGGACUUUUUCUUCAAUGGCUCAUAAAAAUAAUGAAGAUCAAAUUAUGCAGUGACUUACAAAGUGAAUGUAGUGAAAACGAAACAAUCCCAGACGGUGGCAGCUAGUGUUGCAUCAGCGCCACCUUCUGGAGUUAGUGAACUCCUACAGUAACUAUCAGUCCUGUAGAAGAAUCCCACAGCAGAUACAACUCCUCACCCAGUCAGGGUUGAGCAGGAUGAGUAGCCUUAUGUCGUAUAUAAACUACGUAAAUAUUCAUUUAUUUCGCCUUUGUGAUCCACCUAAAUCUGUUUCUGAACUGUCUGAGGUGAGAAAUAAGCAGUUUAUUUGCUGAAUCUUCACUUAUCUUAAAUCUACAAAGCCUAAUUUAAAUGUUUAUUCAUAAGCCAGAGGCACAUGAGUACUCACGGUUCUCCAUGUUUUCUUGGCUUUGUCACAAAUUUGUGUCAAACAACUAAUUUACGCAGCAAAACACCAAAUGAUUACACGUUAAACUAAGAGUUGUCUAAUAGAAUUUUUGUUAUUGGAUUAGGUAGAUCUGAUCAGCUUUAGUUUGAAAUGACUACAGGUUAAUUGUAGACAUACAUGGGUGUUUUUAGGCACCAUUAAUGAUUUUAUUCCCUAAUAUUGUUAUGUUUUGAUAUUUGUAAUAUUUUACAUGAUAUAUCCUUGAUUCUUGAUGGGGGGUCCUGAGGAGGGAUAUCUGUGGUGCUGUUUUCCUUCUCUUUCUGUUCUCUUUCUUGUUCUGGAAGUUGCUUUUUUUUUUUUUUUUUGAGAAGGAGAAACAGUACAGGAAAUAAACACAUCAACUCUGGGACUGCAACAUAAAGCAGGAAUAUUUUUAAAAGAAAAUAACUUACAAAAAGGAGCAGAUUAGACGGUCAAAAUAAAGAAGAGAAUUAAAGCAACACACAUUCCGUUGUGCUUCCUGCAACUUAAAACCCAACUUUACCUUGUGUUUAUCAUUUUAUACUCUGUCUUGACUGAUGCAGAGAAGCAGAGCCUCUGAAAGACACUGAGCCGUAUAGAUUUAUAGUAUUCCUCUGGAUUCACCCUUUGACUUUGCACAUUCUAUAUUUACUGUAUUUCUUAUGCAUGUGUGCAGUUAUGUUAUAAAAGCUGGACACUAUUUAUAGUAGUUAUGCUGUUACUUCCUGCUGCCAUGUUUCCUUCAGCCUUUUCUCACAUGUGAAACUAUAGGGUGGUACCAUGCAAAGAGUCCUGACAGCUCCGAAUCAAACCACAGAUAUGUAUUGUUUAGUGUGUGUGGGUGGACGAGUGGGCUGGUGGUUUAUGUGUUUGUUUGCAUAUCUACCUGCUCAAAGCCACUGUUCUCUAUUGUCCAACAGAUGAAUGUAUAUGAAUGUGUGCUGAAGAGACUCAUGAUACACAUGAAAAAUGCCAGUAAAAUUGACUAAAUGCAAUUCUGUACAUCAGCAUUAAAAAAUCACAAAAGUGUUGGCGAGAAAUACAUUUUAAAAUAUUUAAUAAAAAUGUGUAUUCUUUUA